UCCUUUCAGAUUGCCGUUUGAGAUGGCCCUAAGAGGUGUGUGGCAGUUAAACAAGCUGAUUGUGAGCUAUUGUGACUGGGGUGGAAGUAGUAGAGGCCUCAGGGCAUUCAUGGAAUCUCAUUUGCCAGCAUUUAAAGAGAUUAAUCCCCAGCUGGAGGUGGUAACUGAGCUUUAUCGUGGUCAGCAUCCAUAUUUGAAGGGACUAUACUGUAAGAACAUCUUUACAAUCUUGACAAACCAGUUCUCUGCAAUUAAUGUUUUCAUUCUUAGUCUAUGCCUUGAGCAACAGUUAGGUAACAAGAAUGAGAGGGUUGUAUCAGUUAAAAACAUGACACCAGAGGAUAUACUUCUCUGUGCAACCAGGCUAAGAAAUUCACUUGGAAGAAAGGUGGUCAAGUUGAAGACAAGACACGUUACCAAGCACCCCAGUGUUCAAGGUACAUGGACAACAGACUUGAAGAUAUGAGCCAAA